AUGUAUACUAAGCUUGAAACUCUCAAGUAUCUUUUUGAGGAUUUGAAAUUUUCUCGAGAUGAAAAUGGCGCUUUGUCAUUCGACCCAUCAGUUAUGAUAUACUGCCAAGCAGACAUCGAUGCAAUUUGUGCCGCGGAGAUCUUAAAGAAAAUAUUUUACUAUAACCAUAUAAUAUGGAGUUUUACACCUGUCAAAAACCCCGAAGAGUUUGUCAAAAUCAAACAUAGUCCAAGUUUCGCGGCAACAUCGUUACGUGCAAUUAUUCUAUUAAAUGUUGGUGGAGAUGUUGAUCUCUUCAAAUACUUUGAUUUGUUACAUCGCCCCGAGUUGAGUGUAUUUGUGUUAGACAGUAAAAAUUCAAUAAAUUUGCGGAACUUAUUUGUAGAUCACUCUAAUGUCUUUGUAUUGAUCGAUGAGGAAUCGGAACAAGAUCAGAAGCUAAUAGAAAAGGCAGCUAGGAAAGAAGAGUUGGAAAAAGUUACAAGCGUUGAAGACAGAAUAGCGCAUGCACAUUUGUAUAGAAAUGAAACUGAUGAUUUUGGGCGCUCAAAGACAAGAACCAGGAGAACAGUUGGUUCGCAAAAUUCAAAUUCACUAUCAACCUCACCAGAAAGAGUACAGUACGGUCCUUCCAUCGCGUUGCAGACAUAUAUUCUUUCCUCAGAAAUAUUGUUAAAAGAAAAUGAUAUGCUAUGGCUUGCUAUAAUAGGACAAACGAGUCUUUUCGUAUUACGGAAAAUCAGUCUGAAAGAAUAUGAUGAAAAGAUAGAGUUCUUAGAUGCCGAAGUUUCUGAAAUAAAUGACAUAACUAGUUUUCGACGUGUUCAUAGACACGGGGCCGUUCCUUCUCAUCCCGGUGACAAAAAAAUUGUUCACAUCAACGAAUAUCCUUUUCAUUUUAAAGAUCUUAAAAUGAAACUCAAAGAUAAUCAUGACAAUUUAGAUCGAUUGCUGAGAGAUAUUGGAGUUCCACGUCGAGCGGCAAAGCAACAUUUUCCGUCCAUGGAGGUUAAAUGGGCAAACGAACUUGCCAAUAGUAUAUUUUCCGAAGGACCAAAACUUGGGCUUCUAAAUCCUUUAUAUUCUUCAUAUUGCAAAUUUUAUGGGUAUGGCCGACCAACUUUGUCUGCAAGCGAUGUGGUAUAUGGAUUGAUUACCCUCCUAAAAAUAAAACAAUCAGUAUCCGUUGAAUUCAACGUGGAAGUUCAAUGGAUAAAUGAUUUUGAGGGAAAUGAUAUUUGGCUGAAUAAUUUUUACACGGUGGUUGAAGCGUUGGACAGGUUAAUAUUGUUUCUAUAUG